CCGGUUAUCUCGGGCGUUCAGUUGGGAGUAUCUUCUCUUACUGAUCGCGUCGUUUGUAAUUAUCUUAGGUAUAGGCAGAGAAGAAAUAAUAAUUUUAGUGAAUACAUUUCUACAUUUGAUUUGUAACAACACAGUACAAAAAAAACCAGAAGUUUAAAACGCAGAUACACCCGCAGUUUGUCAGCGUAGUAACUAAGCCUGUUUCCUGACCGAGAGAAUCCGGCCUUUUAUUCUUUAGUUAUGAGUCAUGUGGCCGUCGAAAAUGUCCUCAGCCUAGACCAGCAGUUUGCUGGCCUAGACUUGGAUUCUGCUGACUCUCAAAGUGGUUCAUCAACUAAAGGACGUUACAUUCCCCCUCAUUUAAGAAACAAAGAAGCUUCAAGAAAUGGUUAUCCGUGUCAGUACCCAGCUGUAGAUGUAUAUAAGGGCUACGGUGAUUGGUCCCAAAGAGCCGAUUCCAAUUGGGACUCUAGCCGUCCUGGUAAUGGCUACGUGAAUGGGACUCAAGAUGACAGAGUGAAUGGAUAUGAUCGUGGCUUCGGCACUAGAGGAACUGGUCGCAAUGAUAGAGCUUCCUAUGACAGAGAGAACUCUGGUUGGAAUUCAGGCAGGGACAAAGAUGCAUACAGCAGCUUUGGUUCUCGUAAUGACCGUGGGAAAUCAGGUUUAUUUAAUGAUAGAGGAAGUACAUCCAGAAGAUCUGAUGACCGUCGUGCGGAUGGUUUUGAUAGUACUGGCAGUCGUGGGGGGGACAGAGGUGGCUUUGGUAGAUUUGGUGGUAACAGCCGUUGGUCAGAUGAGAAAAAUGAUGAAGAUGACUGGUCUAAACCUCUUGCCCCAAAUGAUCGUGUAGAACAAGAGCUCUUUUCUGGAGGUAAUACAGGCAUUAACUUUGAAAAAUAUGAUGACAUUCCUGUUGAAGCAACAGGCAAUAACUGUCCUCCACAUAUUGAAUGUUUCCAAGAUGUUACUAUGGGGGAGAUCAUUAUGGGGAACAUUCAGCUAACUCGUUACACUCGACCUACUCCAGUUCAAAAACAUGCAAUUCCUAUCAUCAUUGAUAAGAGAGAUCUGAUGGCAUGUGCUCAGACAGGUUCUGGGAAGACAGCAGCAUUUCUUUUGCCAAUUUUAAGUCAAAUCUAUGCCGAAGGUCCUGGUGAGGCACUUAAGCACUUAAAGGAUAAUGGAAGGUAUGGUAGACGCAAGCAAUUUCCAUUUUCCCUUGUUUUGGCUCCAACCAGAGAACUGGCCGUACAGAUUUAUGAAGAGGCUAGAAAGUUUGCUUACAGGUCAAGAGUUAGGCCGUGUGUUGUAUAUGGUGGAGCUGAUAUUGGUCAGCAGAUUCGUGAUUUAGAACGUGGCUGUCAUUUACUUGUUGCUACUCCUGGUCGUCUUGUUGACAUGAUGGAGAGGGGAAAGAUUGGCUUGGAUUUCUGCAAGUAUUUAGUACUUGAUGAAGCAGACAGAAUGCUUGACAUGGGUUUCGAACCUCAGAUUCGGCGAAUUGUUGAACAAGACACCAUGCCACCUAAGGGUGUGCGUCAGACAAUGAUGUUUAGUGCAACAUUCCCCAAAGAAAUUCAGAUUCUUGCUCGAGAUUUCUUAGAAGAAUACAUCUUCUUGGCUGUAGGCAGAGUUGGUUCAACAUCUGAAAAUAUUACUCAAAAAGUAGUUUGGGUUGAAGAGAUGGACAAACGAUCAUUUUUGCUCGACCUCCUUAACGCAACUGGAAAAGAUUCCUUAACACUGGUAUUUGUGGAGACAAAGAAAGGUGCAGAUGCCCUUGAAGAUUUCCUGUAUCAUGAAGGCUAUGCAUGCACAAGUAUCCAUGGUGACCGAUCUCAAAGAGACAGGGAAGAAGCACUUCACCAGUUUCGUUCAGGAAAAAGCCCAAUCUUAGUUGCCACUGCUGUUGCAGCAAGAGGACUUGAUAUUUCAAACGUGAAGCAUGUCAUAAACUUUGACUUGCCAAGUGAUAUUGAAGAAUAUGUCCAUCGUAUUGGCCGUACUGGUCGUGUCGGUAACCUUGGUCUUGCAACAUCAUUUUUUAAUGAAAAGAACAUAAAUAUAACAAAGGACUUACUAGAUCUUCUUGUGGAAGCUAAACAAGAGGUACCAUCUUGGCUAGAGAACAUGGCUUAUGAACAACACCACAAAACUAGCACUCGUGGAGGACGUUCAAAGAGCCGGUUUAGUGGUGGGUUUGGUGCCAGAGACUAUCGUCAGAGUAGUGGCACUAGUAGCAGUUUUGGCGGCAGCAGCAGCCGUGGAAGCAGAAGCACUGGCAGCAGAGGAUUUGGUGGAGGUGGAUAUGGUGGCUUUUACAACAGUGAUGGCUAUGGUGGAAACUAUGGUGGAAGUUCCCAAGUUGAUUGGUGGGGCAACUAAACCUGUCGGCAACAGAUGACUCAGCCAAACAAGCUAAUAUGGAAACCACAUGUAACUUAGCCAGACUAUACCUUGUGUAGCUUCAAGAACUUGUACAUUACCAGCUGUGAUUCUCCACUGAAUUUUAUUUUCAAGGGAGCUCUGGGCCACAAAAAACUAAUAGGAUCAAGCCCUACUCUGGAGGUGUUGAAGAUUUCAGUGCUGUAGUUUUGGAUUUACUCCCAAAUCCACCCCCUUCCCAACAACUGCAUUUAUUUUGACUGAGAAUAAUUUGCUUGUUAAUGUACUGUGCCUUUAACUUUAGACAACCUUUUUUUUUUUAUUUUGAUGUCCUGUUGGCUCAGUAUUGCUCAAGAUAUAAAUUGUUAUGACAAAAUAAAUUUAUUGAACUUGGGCGAAAUCAAACCUUGGCACACAGGUGUGAUACAACUUAAAACAGGAAUCGUUUCAUCCAUGCAUUAAUAUUACAAUGGAAAAACUUGUGCAGUAAGCCUGCAUUAGGGCUUCUGUUUUGUCAUUUUGUGGCAAACAAAAAUAUCCAUAAUGCAUUUCAGAAGGCAUAGUUUCUAAUGUGGCAAACUGUACAAAGUUCUGAUUUGCUCACUCUAUCCUGGAAAAGGUACUUAGAACCUGAAGUCUCUUUAAGCCAUUCCAGUCACAAAAGCUGUAUGAACUGAAUCAUACAUGUUAAGCACUGUUUUUCAAAGAAUGCAAUUAAAUAAGCAAUUCCUUUUUAACAAUGUUUAGGCAGAUCAGUAACUUGUGAGCUAGCUAAUUAUGGGCCAAACAUUACAGGAACUGUUUAAAGAUCUGAAACUUGAAAUAGUUUUUAGAAAUCAUUAAAUUUUUACAAGCCUGUAAUUUGAAAUAUGGCAGAAUGGCUGACCACAGCAGUAUGGGGUUCUGUGACAGGCCUGGCUGAUUAUGGUCUAAACGCAUGCUAGUGUUAAUGUUUUUUGGUCAAGAGGGUAUGAACAGAAAGAAUUAUGCAGCAGGCUUUAUUUUAAUGCAGAUUCACCUUACUCUGUUCAAGCUGCGUUGAGGGUUCAAACAUACUUGGCUUACAGUAGACUUUGUAACAUGGCUCCAGAAGAGUAAAUUGAAAUCUUAAAAUUAAAGGUGGAAAAUGUACAUUAACUGCACAAGGUGUCAAAUCUGCUGAGUGUGUGCAGUUUAGUCAGUUUUAGUUGCAUAGGUUUCCAUUGUAUUUAGUAUGUCUAUGCUAAAUCUGGCCAAAGACUAAUUUCCCACCUCUAAAAUUGCCUCUGCCACAUUUGCUCACGCUCUGUGGUUAAAUUAGUGGCAUAGGAGUGGCAGUUCUAUAUAUAUAUUUUCUUUUUUAAUAAAGUGCAAUAGAUUUUUCAAGUGUAUUGUGCCUUGCUCUAACUUUUGUAGGUGCACUUGACAGUAUUGAGGUCAUUUUGUUAUGGUGCUAUAUUAAAAAAAAAAAAAAAAUAGGUGGCCCUUUGUACAUUUUUGCCCAUAACUUUUUACAAAACAUAUUUUAUUGCACAUACAGAGAAUUUUUAUAUAAGUAAUGUGUGCGUGUCCUUAACCUCAAAUUUUGUCUUGUAUAGAUGGCAGAACACUUAAAUGAGCAUGAUCUAAGACUUAUUUGGGACCAUGGGAUUGAUAUCAGGGGAAGGAAAACUAUUUUGCACACAGUGGACUUCUAGAUACUUUUUUGCUGCUAGUUUUGUGUAAUAUUUAUUGAACAUUUUGACAAAUAUUUAUUUUUGUAAGCCUAAGUGAUUCUUUGAAAGUUUAAAGAAACUUGACCAAAAGACAGUACAAAAACACUGGCACUUGAAUGUUGAAUGUCAACGUAUGCGUGAAAUUAUAUAUUUCGGGGUAGUGUGAGCUUUUAAUGUUAAGUCAUAUUAAACUCUUAAGUCAAAUUAAGCAGACCCGGUAUUGGCAGUUCAGCCAUAACUUUCUGGAGUAAUUUGAAAUGAAAUUGGCAAAUUUAAAUUAAACAUGCCAAGGUUUUGAUACACUUGUCUUAAGAUAUUAAUGAAACACUUCAAAACACUGAUAUGAAGUGUCCAGAUUCUCAGAUGUUGUGUGAGUUUUGUUUAGUUGUGUGGUUAUUUUUUUUAUUUUCUGUGAAUGUCUGGCACAUUGCAAUCAAAACAUGUGGUCAUAUUUGUCAUUGAUAUUGGUGACUUGUGUCUUCAAAGAUUACAUUUGAGCAAGUAUUUUGGCAGCAAUACCUUUUUUUUUUUUAACACUAAGGUUUAAAAAUACAAAAUUAAUAUGCAACAAAUUGAUUCAUACUUGCUAAAUGUUAAGAUUGAUGGCCAAGCCACUCUAGUUUAGUAACUGCUUAUUGUAUUAGUUUAGAUGCUUGGCACUGCAUGUGCUGUGCAUUACUGAUUUUAUUAAAAUAAAAGUUGAACUGCAAAA